CCUUCUUAGGCUGUUACUGGGUGCUAUGGCGGACCUGGCUGGAAAGGAAGAAGCGGUGGGUUAUCUCCACGGACAGCUUGAAUGAUAUUUCUUGGUCAAGAUCCUGCUUCUCCUAUUUGCUGCUGCUGGGGUGGACAUCAUGAACUACGUGGGCCAGCUGGCGGGCCAGGUUCUGGUGACGGUGAAGGAGCUCUACAAGGGAAUCAACCGGGCCACACUGUCGGGUUGCAUUGACGUCAUUGUGGUCCGACAGCCAGACGGGACCUUCCAGUGCUCCCCUUUCCAUGUCCGCUUUGGCAAACUGGGAGUCCUUCGCUCCAGGGAGAAAGUGAUCGACAUUGAAAUCAACGGAGAAGCGGUGGACUUGCACAUGAAACUUGGAGACAACGGGGAGGCUUUUUUUGUCCAGGAGACAGAAGAAGAUCAUGAGGUCGUCCCUGCACGCCUGCUGACCUCGCCCAUCCACACGGAUGACGCGCUGAUGAAAAAUCGAGAGCCAAGAAGUGGCACCUCAGCAGUCGAGAGCCGUCAUUGGGUCUUGGGUCCGGAAGAGCAAGGAAGCGUCCAUCCGAAUCCCAAUACAUGUGGGAAGAAAAGGAAGAGAAGGAGGAGGAAGCACAAAGCUGACAUCCGCAAAGAGCAGAAAAGUCCACCAGCAGGAAGCGAGCUGGACCUCUGCGGGAUCAGUUCAGAUGAAGAACGGACAUGCUCAACCUCGGUUAAGGACAAAACAGACAUCUUUGGACAUUCCGCAUUCCCUACCCUUGAGUGGGAUAGCUACCCUUUUUCUGAUGGAGACUGGUCCCCCUGCACCGAGUGCAGGGAGAUGUUGGAGGCCACAUUGCCUAGCAGUGACUCUGAACCCACAGAGAGCAUGCUCAGAACCGAGUCACACAUGCGUUGGACCUGGGGGGAGUUUCCAGAAUCCACAAGAGUCACCAAAAAGGAGCGGUCCGAGUCAAAGGUUCUGACCAUCACCCCCACAGACAGCACACACUUCAGGGUCAUCACAUGGCCGGAGUCACAGAACGACAAGCAAGCAGAAAAUACACUCUGCGACAUUGUUAAACCUGAACCUCGGAAUGUCCUGUCGCCUCAGGGCGACUGCAAACCCGCUGACGCCUCUUCAACUCAGCACAUGACCAUGACCCAGCACUGGCCAGAACCAAAAGCUUUUCCAUAUCAGCCAUGCGCAGGUAACUCUGACCUCGGUGAGAAAGCCAUACGCAAAACCAGGUGGACAUCUUCUCCACCCAGUCGCAAGGACAGCAUGAGCAGAGAUUCAGAUAGAACCUCAUCCAAGUCUGCAAACGCCCCCGUAAAAAGAAAGGGUGUGAGGAAGAGGAGCCAACACCAGGGCCCAGAAGAUAUCUAUCUGGAUGACCUGAAUGUCCUUGAGCCCCAUGUAGUCGCUCUGUACUUCCCCAAAAGUGACUCAGAUCAGGUUCCGAUUCCCUGGGUCGAGACGGAGACACAGUCAGGCUCACAGUCACCUCAGUCGAUGGGAAGUGGUGCCGCAGACAGCGGCACGGAUUGUCUGUCCGAUUCUGCCACCGACAUGCCGGAUGUCACGCUGUCGCUCUGUGGCGGAGUCGGUGACAAUUCGGAAAUCGACAACGACAGAUUCCUGGAUUACAUCGUCACCUAUCAUGAAUUCGCAGAAAACCCAGCGAUUAUUGAUAAUCCCAAUUUGGUGGUUCGGAUUGGGCACAGAUAUUACAACUGGACUCUAGCAGCGCCGCUCAUCCUGAGCAUGCAGGCUUUCCAGAAGACGCUCCCAAAGGCCACAGAAGAAGCGUGGGUGAAGGACAGGACGCCAAAAAAGUCUGGCCGAUGGUGGUUCUGGCGGAAGAGCAGCGUGAAGCAGUCGUCAACAGAGACCAAGCCAAUACAGGACAGUCCAGACCUCGACACACAAACACAACAAGGAACAUCAGAGUGGUCCAGUGAUGAUGAACCCAAAGAGACGAAUGGCAAGCAGUGCUCAAGUGAGCAUGUGCAGACUUGCCCCGCCUACAAGAAGUCUCUCCGCCUGUCAUCAGAGCAGAUAGAGGGUCUGAAGCUGAGGGAGGGGCCGAAUGAUGUCACCUUCAGCAUCACCACUCAGUACCAAGGCACGUGUCGCUGUGAGGGCACCAUCUACCUAUGGAACUGGGAUGACAAGGUUAUCAUCUCGGAUAUUGAUGGCACCAUCACCAAAUCAGACGUGUUUGGUCAGAUUCUUCCUCAGUUGGGCAAAGACUGGACUCAUCAAGGAAUCGCCAAGCUGUACCAUUCCGUGCAUGAGAAUGGUUACAAGUUCCUGUAUUGUUCGGCCCGAGCCAUUGGCAUGGCAGACAUGACCCGUGGAUAUCUGCACAAGGUGAACGACCGCGGGACUCUCCUGCCUCGAGGACCACUCAUGCUCUCGCCAAGCAGCCUCUUCUCAGCCUUUCACAGAGAAAUGAUAGAAAAGAAACCUGAGAAGUUCAAAGUGGAAUGUCUCAUGGACAUCAGGAAUCUGUUCUAUCCCAGCAUUUGUCCCUUUUAUGCGGCUUUUGGUAACAGAGAAAGCGACGUUUUGGCCUACAAGCAUGUGGGCGUGACCGUGUGCCGUAUAUUCACGGUGAACCCAAAGGGCGAGUUAAUUCUGGAGCAGGCAAGAGGCAACAAAACAUCACCAAGCUCAGAACCUGGGGAGACAGAGCCUUCUCCAUCGCUGCCCCCACCCUCUGGAACUCUUUGCCCCAUUCACGCCGUGGUUGCCCCGACCUUCCCUCCUUCAAAAAACGACUCAAAACCCACCUGUUUAAAUCCGUUUUUAAUGUCUAACUUUUUAUACCUGACUGCUGCGCCCCGCCCCGCUUUUAGCCUUGUUUUAGAUCUGAAUGAAUGUAUGGAUAUUGUAUUUUAAUGCAUCUUUUACUCUGUUUUUACUCAAAUCAAAUCAAAUC